UUUAAUCAUAUUUACGGUAAUGCUCAACAUAUAUUUGGUCAAAUUAGUCUAAAACCCUUGAUAGCUGUUAAACCCUAUAUAGAAACAAAACAACAACAUUCUCUCAAGUUUCAUUGACGGCGAUGGCUGAUUCUUCAACCAACCCAAAGGAUCAUCAAAAUUCACGUCUCUACCAUCCCUACCAGCACCUCAACAUUCCCGUCGACAAGCUCUACAACCUCCCCACCUCGCCGGAGCAUCUUUUCCCUGAAGAAGCUUCCAGAAAGCACCGUUCAUGGGGCGACAACCUCCAGUAUUACACCGGCACCGGCUACCUCUCCGGCUCCAUCAUCGGAGGCACAAGAGGAUCCAUCGAAGGUCUUAAGGCUGCUGAGUCAGGUGACUCUCUUAAGAUCCGAGUCAACCGUGUUCUUAACUCGGGUGGUCAAGGAGGUCGUCGACUCGGUAACUCGCUUGGGGUUCUGGGAUUGAUCUUUGCAGGAUUGGAGAGUGCUAUGAUCCAUGUUAGGGACACGGAUGACUUGGUUAACAGCGCGGUUGCUGGACUCGGUACCGGGGCGCUUUAUAAGGCUGCUGCGGGUCCCCGAUCUGCUGCUAUUGCUGGUGCUCUUGGUGGAAUUGCGGCGGCUGUGGGAGUUGCCGGAAAGCAAGCUUUGAAACGACACAUUCCAAUUUAAAGAAAUUGAUCAUAAUCCAAGUUCAGAUUAUAUUUGUCUGUAAUGUUAAUUUUAGUGUAUCUUUGGAUUGACUAUGAAUUUGACGAAAUUUCAAUGGCACCUUGUUGCCACACUUUGCUUUUGUAAACCCUCUUCAUAAAUUCAUGUAUUUAAAUUGAAGCAUA